UACAAACUGCUGCAGUUAUGACAGAAACAGUAAUAACGCUGCAACUCGAAUUCGAACAAUAUUUUUUAGAGUCCGUUUCUUUGUUCGGAAUAGAGAAACUUUAAAUUAAUCUGUUUAACAAAAAAACCUUAGUGUCGUGCACACGAAGUGUGGUCGAGUUAUACCUAGUUUUGUGUUAUUGUGUUUGUAUGUCAGCCAGCCAGCUCAUAUUCAUUUUAAAAUAUUUUCGCGUUCCGUAAAAACUCUUAUUCUAGCUCGCAUUGUGUUUGUAUUUGGGUAUAACACGGUUACAUGUAGUUAGCCAUCUACAGCUUUUGUUUUGCAUAACAAUAUUCAGGUUAUGACAUGUGACUGAAAGUUACCGUCACAUGUCUUUACAUGUUAGAAACUUGACUUAAAUUUGUACUCGAGUACACAAAGUAACCAAUUACUAUUACUUCUAGUCAGUAGAAUAUGAACUAAUUCAUAAAUGAAUAAAACAAUAGUUUCUAGGAUUUGAAACUACGGACAGUACCAGGAGCAUUAGUACUAGAGGCAGCCUCAGACCACAUAUAAAGGGACAUGUCAGUAGUUUUUUGUGUUGUGACCCCAACACUAGGAAUUCUAUAGUCCAGGCAUCUGAGGUUAAUUGUGGAAAUAACUUGUUCUAUGUUCCUAGAACUAGGAACAUAGUGGUUGUAACCGCUUUGUGUGUUACAACCACAUGAAAAGGUAAAGGAGCUAGUCACAGUUCUUGUACCAGGAGUUGUUUGUGUUAUGACUGCAGUAAUAAGUACCAGAAACUUGGUACAACACCAGUAGCACCAUGUGAUGGUACUGAGAAUACAGGAAAAGGAAAAUCUUUUUAACAAAAGAAAAGGACAAUACUAGGUGUCAUUUGUGUUAAGAUUUACAAAAACUAGUUCUAAGUCACGAGAAGUAGAAUUAGUUCCAGGCAACUGUUACAUCCACAGUGACCAGUACAAGGACUGUGGGAUGGUGGCAGGAGCUUUUUUAUUAUAUGCGAAGGAACUGAUAUUGGAACUAUGCACAGUUCAAAAUGCGAUGAGCUGUUUGAGUUAUGACUGAAUUAACUAGUACCAGGAGCUAAAGGCAGUACCAGGAGACAUGUUCCUUAAACCAACAAAAGUAAAAGGAUCCACUUCUGAAGAUGAAACCCCCAAAUGUGCCUUCAUGGUGCCAAAGAAAGAAAUCAGUAUGGUGCCAGAUAUGGGCAAAUGGAAACGCUCUCAGGCAUAUGCUGACUACAUGGGCUUCAUCAUGGCCCUGAAUGAGAGUGUGAAGAGAAAGAAGCUGACAUGUGACUAUCACGUGUCUGAGACAGUGGAGAAGCUACUCAAACUCUUGGCGACCCUAGAGCGGUGGAUUGACGAGACGCCUCCUAUCGAUCAGCCGUCACGCUUCGGUAAUAAAGCCUACAGAACCUGGUACAGCAAACUAGAUCAGGAAGCAGAGGCCCUGGUCUCAGCGGUGCUCCCUGCUGACAAAGGUGCAGCAUCUGCAGAAAUAGCGGUUUAUCUUAAAGAGUCUGUGGGAAACUCCACCAGGAUAGACUACGGAACAGGUCACGAAGCUGCCUUCGCUGCGUUCCUCUGCUGCCUCUGUAAGGUGGGAGCUCUCACAGUGGAGGAUCAGCUGGCCAUGGUCUUUAAGGUGUUUGACAGAUAUCUGGAAGUGAUGAGGAAGCUGCAGAAAACCUACAGGAUGGAACCUGCCGGUAGUCAGGGUGUGUGGGGACUGGACGACUUCCAGUUCUUGCCCUUCAUAUGGGGCAGCUCGCAGUUAGUAGAUCACCCGACGCUGGAGCCGCGGCACUUUGUGGAUGAGAGGGCGGUGAACGAGCACCACCAUGACUACAUGUUUCUGGAGUGCAUUAAGUUCAUCAAUGAGAUGAAGACCGGUCCGUUCGCUGAACACUCCAAUCAGCUGUGGAACAUCAGUGCCGUUCCGUCUUGGGCCAAAGUGAACCAGGGCCUGAUUCGAAUGUACAAAGCUGAGUGUCUGGAGAAGUUCCCUGUGAUCCAGCACUUUAAGUUCGGCAGCCUGUUGUCCAUCCAGCCCGUUGCUCCGUGAGUCUGUCAGACGGGAAAACUACGCACGCAGUGACGACAACGGGAAGACCGAACUCCAGCAGCCCUGAACCAACAUUUCCUGUUUCCUUGGUAUCCUCAAAAGCAAAUACAACAGCAGCAGCAGCAGCAGCAGCAACAAUCCACCACAUCCAGUCAUAAACACACACACACACACACACACCCGUAGAUACAGUACACGUGUGUGGUUUUGUGCGUGUAGACUGUCUUUUUGGCGAACAUUGAUGCUUCAUGCUUGACUUUAAUCCCAGAUUUUGGAUCCUUAUCAGCAGCCGCUUCAUUCACAGACACAUCAUGAGAAUUUUAAAAAUAAAAAAAA